AAUAAAACAGGGAAAGGUUGGGGGGAGGGGAGAUGAUCAGUCCCACCCAAAGAGAUGAUUAGGGUUCGACCCAACUGCCCAUCUACCAUCCCUCCACAAUUUUCCCGCCAGAUUCUCUUCCCAACUCCACCGUCACAUCUAGGGUUUACAAACCCCAACGGUCAGGGUUUGUACUCUCGGAGAUCAUUGCGCUCAAUUUCUAGGGCAAUUGAUGAAGGGAAGAGAGCAAAUGCUUCGGUAUCUUCUUGUUCACCAUGGGAUGAUAAACCCUACGAAUUGCUUCCCGACGGAAAGAGAGCGUAUUUGGAUGAGCAGGACGUAGUCGCAUUUCUUGAUCCUCCCAAAGAGCUCAUUCCUUUGGACCCAUCUUCUUUCAAUCCCGCAGCUUAUCUUUGGUUAAAAAUUGAAGAUGUUCCGGAGGACAGGCGGCAUCGAUUGCUGCACUUGCUAGAACCCAGGCUUAUAUCACGAGCUUGGGAGAUAGCCGGCACACGAUAUGAGGAUCCUAUGUUAUUAAAGAAACAUGCAUCUAGCUUGCUGUCUAAUGGAGAUGGUGUACCGUCAUUCGAAUUUUGGAAUGGACGAACAAGUGGAGGGCCAAUUCCUAUUGCUUGGAUAAAUUUCUUCAAGAAGGCUAUAUUUCAUGUCAAGGAUGGGAUGACAUAUGGACGACUCAUUGGUAGAUCAGUUAUUGCUGAAUUUGCAAGUUCCCGUUAUCCACUGUAUUUUGCGGUGAGACAACAUAAUGAAGUGAUGUCAACAGAGCAGCCUUGUGAUCUAGCAUAUGAAUUUGGAGAUGGAUUCUUGGGUAUCAAUGAGUAUCCUCCAGGUUUUCCAAGACCAGCUAAACACCCAUGGCCUUUCAACGAUCAGGUUGUUAUCUAUGUUCGGCAUUUGGGACCAGGAGUGCUAGUAGGGCAAGCCUGGCAAGAAGGAGAAGCAUUAGAAAAACUACCUCAGAAGUUAUGUGGUGAGAUCCUAAUGGUGAAAGAUUAUGCUGCUCUUUGUGAACAUGAGUGUGGGUAGUUUGGUUUAGGACAGUGAAACUGUUGUUUUGAAAUCCCAUCCAUGUCAAAAGCUUGUGAUGUUGGUGUUUGCGAUUUUUCAUGUAUCAAAAUGUAGUUUUGAGUUUUGUAAUUGGCUAUCUGAAGAAUCAAUGAAGAUGUAUCAAAAUGCAGGUUUGAGUUUUGAAGUUUUGUAAUUUGGCUGUCUAAAGAAUCAAUGAGAACAUUCUCUGGUAUGUAUAUUUAAUUAUUAGUUAUUCUA